GGGGAUGGGAUGACCACUUUCCUGGACGUGGGAAGUAUCUCUGCCGAGAGUGCGGCAGUAUAUUGUAUGAUGCUAAGCAUAAGUUCGAUUGUGGUUGUGGCUGGCCGGGUUUUUAUCGCUCCGCUGAAGAUGCUAUAUUGUCGCUUCAAAGUGAUGAGGAUAAUGUGAGGACUGAAGUAAAGUGUGGCAAAUGUGGCAUACACCUAGGACAUGUUUUCUACAACGAAGGUUUCAAUAAUCCCCCGCCGAAUGAACGACACUGUAUAAACUCGAGUGUUUUGUCUUACUGUGAUGGGGAAAGUGUUCAGGAGGCUACAUACGAUG